UGAGUAUAUAUUGUUUCUCGCCUACCCGUCUGAAAUUUUCAUGAUGUUGUUUCAUCGAUCUUUAUCUAUAGUAUAGUGAUAUUGAUUGUGACGAAAUCAAAAUGAGUCAUCGUAUAGUUCUUGCGAUUUUUUGUUUCAUAGGUGUUUUAGAAGCUCUGCAGUUUCAAAAUUUGAAUGGAAAAUGGAAAUUACACAGUGCAAAUAUGACCAUAAAAAAUUUGGAUGCCGAAGUGCCUGGUGGAAUUUACACUAAUUUGAUGGAAAAUAAAAUCUUGGGUGAUAUUUUUAUGGCUACUCGGAUGAAACAACUAAAUGGGUAUCUCGUACAGAAUGGAUAUAUGAGACAAGCUUUACUGUACCGAAAGACUUGGUUAACCACGAGAACGUUAACCUAGUAUUCGAUGGAUUAGAUACUUUUGCUGACAUUUUUGUCAACGAUCAACGAGUUGGGGCGAGUAGGAAUAUGUUUGUGCAAUACGUUUUUGAUAUCAAAAAGCACUUGAAGAUCCCAGAGUGACCAUUGUCUGCACCACUCAAGGCGAUUACGUCGGUGUUCUCGAGUUAAAGGGAGGACCCAGUGUGGCCGGUUGGGAAUAACAAAAUAAGAGUCCAUUUUAAAUCACCCAUACAAGUAAGUUACGAUUUAGCCGAAAAACAGAACAAAUCGUACGUUGUUCCUCCACUUUGUCCCCCUGAUGCGUAUCACGGUGAAUGUCAUGCUAACAUGAUCAGAAAGAUGCAAGCUUCAUAUGCUUGGGACUGGGGUCCAGCUUUUCCAUCUGUCGGCAUUUGGAAAAACGUAAGCAUAGAGGCAUUUAACAGUACUAUUAUACGGCACGUAGUUACUGAUUUGGAAGUCAACGGUACAAACUGGUUACUUCACGUAGACACUUACUUGGUAGAAAAUCAUGUAAAAGGGCGAAGAAUCACAGGCGAAUUGGUUGUUGCUCUGAAAAUCACUGACAACCAGUGGGUUAAAAGUGUAAUCCAUGUUUCGGUUGACGGCAAAAAUCCUGCCGUAUCUACUUCAUUAGUAGUCCCAAAGUCCAAAAUUAGUACUUGGUGGCCUAACGGAUACGGUGACCAAAAGUUGUACACUCUUGAAGUCACUUAUAAAAAUGGAGACGAACAAAGUUUCAAGCAAGUUUCAGUUGGUUUUAGAACAAUCGAACUUGUUGAAGAACCAAUUGGCAAGGGCCUAUCCUACUAUUUUAAAGUGAACAACGUGCCGAUCUUUAUGAAAGGCUCCAACCAGAUCCCGAUACAUAUCUUACCAGAACUUGGUCAGGAUAAGCAGAGAGUCCGGAGACUCUUUCAAGCUGCUAAAGACUCCCAUAUGAACAUGUUGCGAGUUUGGGGAGGCGGUGUAUACGAAUCAGAGUAUUUCUACGAAGUUGCAGACGAAAUGGGCAUCCUCAUUUGGCAAGAUUUCAUGUUUGCGUGUGCCAUGUAUCCAACCAAUGAAGAGUUUUUGGACAAUGUAUUGGAGGAGGUAGACUACCAAGUGAAAAGAUUGAGCGGACAUACAUCAAUCGCACUAUUUGCUGGAAAUAACGAGAACGAGGCAGCACUGAGAGACAAUUGGUACGGUACAUCAAACUUUACACUGUAUAAAAAUGAUUACGUAAAACUGUAUGUAGAAACAGUGAAAAGGAGAUUCGAAGAAAUAACCCAUAAGCGGCGCAUUUUUAUCACAUCUAGUCCAUCAAAUGGAAAACAGAGCGAACUAGAAGGUUAUGUAGCACAAAAUCCGGGCAAUCCACAAUUUGGAGACGUGCACUUCUACGAUUAUACAAUUGACCCUGUGAAUUCAAGUGCUUACCCACUACCGAGAUUCGCUUCAGAAUACGGUUACGAGUCGUUCCCGUGCUUAGAUUCAUGGAAGGAAGUUGUUCAAUCUGACUCAGAUCUAGACGUUAAUGGAAAAUUCUUCGAACACAGACAACAUCAUCCUGGAGGAAAUCAGGAGAUGCUCAACAUGAUCAACAGAGAGUUUUUACCAAUUAAUAAAGCUCAUAAUAAGUAUACUGAAGCAAUCAUAUACUUCUCACAGGUAAUACAAGCUCUAGGUACAAAAACGGAAACAGAACAUUACCGCAUUCACAGAAGUAUUAUUGAUGAAGAAGGAAAAGGUCGCACCAUGGGUGCCCUUUAUUGGCAGUUAAAUGACGUAUGGGUUGCACCAUCCUGGGGAAGCAUAGAUUAUACUGGAAGAUGGAAGCUUCUACAAUAUCACGUGAAAGAAUUUCUGGCCCCUGUGAUUAUUACAGGUUACAUUGACACUGAUAAGCAGCUGAAAGUAUAUGUAGUAUCUGACUUGACACCUGAAUUGCCAACAUUCGUAGCCUCAAUCUGUGUAUACAGGUGGAACUCUUUCACACCGGUUUCAAAGAGUAACAUCAUGAUGGAUAUAGACGGUGGCUCAUCAAAGUUAAUCCAUACUAUAAAAAUCAAUGUUCUUAUGAGAAUGUCGGACUGCGGUACCGGUGCAGAUGCUUUCAGGAAUUGUUUCAUUCAUUUAUCAAUGAUAGAUCAAUCUGGAAAGCAGAUGGCUCCAAACAACUACGUAUUUCCAACCAAGAUCCGUAAGAGUAGUUUGCAGAAUCCAAAACUUAAGAUAUCAUCGGUGAAGAAAGGAGCGGAUAAAGUCUUCAACAUUGAGGUGACAUCAGAAAACAUUGCGUUGUUUGUAACACUAGACUCGCACAAAAUUCGAGGCACAUUUUCAGAUAAUGGUUUCGUGCUUGUAGAGAAAAACAAGACAGUAAUCUUCUUUAGUGAAAAUGACACCACAACCGAAGAGUUACUUAAAGAACUUACUGUCGUUAGUGUUUUUGAUUACACAGAUCAGAGUUAAGUAUUUUAUAUGAUCAUACUUUUUUUACAGUGGAAUAAAGCUUAUACAUAGAUAAGA